AUGUCUGAUCCCCAGAAAUUUGACUUUGCCAGUAUAACUACCGCGGAAUUGAAGGAGUUGAUGGCUGUGGCGGCGAUAGUGGAGGAGAAAAAGGCCACUGAGGCGGCAGAGCAGGCAAAGAGGGCGGAAGAGGCAAGAGUUGCUGCGGUGGCAGAGAGGGCAAGGUCAGCAGAGGAAGCACACAAGGCGGCGGAGGCAUGGAGAUUGGGAGUCUCAGAGGUCGUUCCUCCGGUGGUCAUGUGCCAGUGGUGCGAGGCCACUGGCCGGACAUGUACGUGGGCGCUGGUGCGAGAGGCCCUGGCGAAAUCCAAAAGCAGAGGCAGGGCAAAGGCAAAGGCCUGUGACCAGUGCGCGGGCCUGAAGGCCUCCUGUAAGGUCGAUGGAGACGAGAUGCAACUGGCCGCACCAGUGAAGGGGUGGAAGAGGAUGUGGGAGAGGGCAGCAGAGUCCAGUGAAAGGGCGGAGGAAGAGGCGGGUAGGCCUUCCCGGAGGAGGGUGUAUGGAGAGGAGGAGUCCAUCAUGGAGGUCGACGACCAGGAGUGGGCCAAGGCCACCAACGACAUGGUCUUGGCCCAGGCAGAGACCAACGCGCAGCUAGGGGCACUCGCGACAGCCAUAACCCGACUCGCCAAGCAGAUGGAGCUCCAAUGGGCGGAGCAGAAGGAAGAGAGGGACGGGGCCCGGGCGGAAGUCUGGGAGAUCCUCCGUGUGACCGGGGUUGUGCUGGAGAAGGGCUUCUCUGGCCGGGGAAGGAUCCUCAACAAGGCACUUGGGAAGAAGGCAGAGAUUGGGAUGGGGGCAGUGGAGGUCUUAGAGCUUACUAGCUCUUCUAGUAGUGGCACGGAGAAGCCGGAGGAGGAGAUGGAAAGCGAGGCAGAGAAGGGGCUGGAUGGGGAAGGGUCUGGGCCUCAGCUGGAGCCGGGAGCAGAGCUGGAGGAAGAGGCGGAGAUGGAGACCUAA